GAGGGGAGGAGGGGAGGAGGAGGGAGGUGUGAAACUGCUUCCUGUCGCUGCACGCUCUCUGGUCUCCGGGUCUCAGAGCGCAGACGGAGCUGAACAGGAUGCAGGCCAUCAAGUGUGUUGUCGUGGGAGACGGAGCGGUGGGAAAAACAUGUCUCCUCAUCAGCUACACGACCAACGCUUUCCCUGGAGAAUACAUCCCUACUGUGUUUGAUAACUACUCGGCCAACGUGAUGGUGGACAGCAAGCCGGUCAACCUGGGACUCUGGGACACGGCAGGACAGGAAGACUACGACAGGCUCCGCCCACUGUCCUACCCACAGACGGACGUCUUCCUGAUCUGCUUCUCUCUGGUGAGCCCGGCGUCCUACGAGAACGUCAGAGCCAAGUGGUACCCAGAGGUCCGCCACCACUGCCCCUCCACCCCCAUCAUCCUGGUGGGCACCAAGCUGGAUCUGAGGGACGAGAAGGAGGCCAUCGAGAAGCUGAAGGAAAAGAAGCUGGCCCCCAUCACCUACCCUCAGGGCCUGGCUCUGGCCAAGGAGAUCGAUUCGGUGAAGUACCUGGAGUGCUCGGCUCUGACUCAGCGCGGCCUGAAGACGGUGUUCGACGAGGCCAUCCGGGCCGUGCUGUGCCCUCAGCCCACCAAGGUCAAGAAGAAGCCCUGCUCGCUGCUCUGAAACGGACCAGGAAGAAGACGGCAGAGAUCCAGACCGACGCCCCGAGGAAGAUUUUAAAGUUCUGUUAUGUUUCUAAUAGAAAACUAUAAAAAUGAUAUGAUAAAACCUUUGUGUACAUAAAUGAAAACAUUACACAAGUCAAACGGAAUAAAUCCCUAAAUGUGGAACGCUGGCUUCAUCCACUGUGCCGCCGUCCAUUCCCUCGCUGGCCUCCAGGGGGCGACAGCGAGCACGUCUUUCAUGUCAUCGUUGGUGCCGAGUGCAAAGUGUUCAAAUUGGUUUUGAGAGUGACGAACGAUGAUGAAACACCGGGGUCCGGAAAGUGGUUUGUUUAAUGAGCAGCUGAACGAUGUUGUAUCUGGAUAAAAGUUAUGAACAAACGUA